UGUGUGUGUGUGUGUGUGUGUGUGUGUGGUUUUUUUUUUAAUGCUGUGGCUACGCCUUAAACUCCUAAAACCAAACCAUGUCAUUCGAUCUGAAAUGAAAGUGAAAAGAGGAACUGUGCUGUAAUACAGUACAAACAAAGAUAAGCAGUGGAGCCUCAUUUUAAAGCUGAGAGGAGAAAGGAAACUGUUCCAGCUGCAUCUGUUCUCCUCAAAUCACUUCUUCUUUCAUUUCUCUAAAAGCUUAACUUUUUUAAGUGUUAAGAGCUGCUGUGGGUAUGGAGCCGACCAUAAACUCCCAAAACUAAUUUUAAUCUCUGACAAGAGAGCCGAGCGUGGAGGAGGAAGAUGACCUCGAUGUACAGAAGUCUCCAUGACAAUUAUAUUUCAAACAAAGGGAGGAAGACCAGUUGUGCGGUUCUGGCAGUUGUGUUGGGCUGCCUCACUGUUCUGGGCAUUAUUCUGGCAAUCGCAGUGCUGGAGAGACCGCCACCCCCCAAAAACAAAGAGACUUUUCCACAGGAGCCUGCAUGGAACAAUUCCUCCAACGACCAGUGCAGAUUUGAGGUUGUAGAGAGCAUUCCGGAAGAUUUAAAUUAUACAAAUUAUACUGGAAAUGUCACGUUUGGAAGACCGUUGGAGCAAGUUUGGAAGGAUCUUCUAUCCAUCGCCACAGAGCGGGUGGAGGUGACCUCUUUCUACUGGACAUUGACUGGAGAAGAUAUCAAUGUCAACUCAUCAUCUGACCUGUCUGGGAGGGACAUCCUCAAAGAGCUGGGGGAGCUACCGUCGAGGAAUGUUUCCGUCCGAGUGGUGACCAGUGUUCCCACCGUCAAAACAAACACCACUGACUUAAAGAUUUUAAAAGAAAAAGGUGUUCAGGUGAGAAGGGUGAACUUUGGGCGCCUGGCUAAAGGUGUUCUCCACAGCAAGUUCUGGAUCGUCGAUGGAAAACAUCUUUUCAUUGGAAGUGCCAACAUGGACUGGAGGGCUCUGACACAGGUGAAGGAACUUGGAGUUGUGGUCCACAACUGCUCUAGUCUGGCGAGAGACCUCCAUAAAAUCUUCCAGUCCUACUGGGUGAUGGGUCAGCCCAACAGCUCCCUGCCACAGCAGUGGCCUUCAAAGUUUGACACCAACAUCAACAAACAUCACCCUCUGCUGGUCAGACAGGAGAACAACUCCGGCGCAGUUUACAUUGCUGCUUCCCCACCCACGUUCUGCCCUUCAUCCAGAACUCAGGACCUGGAGGCCAUUCUUGGCACCAUCUCUGAAGCUCAGCACUUUAUUGACGUAGCUGUCAUGGAGUACUCCCCCACCGUUUGCUAUUUGAAGCCUCAGAAGUACUGGCCGUUCAUCGACGAUGCCAUCAGAACAGCAGCAUUUGAGAGGAGAGUGAAGGUCAGACUGCUGAUCAGCUGUGGGCGAGACUCUAAUCCAGCCAUGCUGCCCUUUCUCGAGUCUCUGGCUUCCAUACGUUCCUCCGAGUAUCACAUCAAUGUCCAGAUUAAAGUGUUCAUCAUCCCAGUAGGAAAUCAUUCCGGCAUCCCUUUUUCUAGAGUCAACCAUAACAAAUACAUGGUGACAGAUAAAACAGCUUAUGUUGGGACCUCCAAUUGGGCAGGAGACUACUUUCUGACCACAGCUGGAGUGAGUCUGGUGGUUUCCCAGCAUGCACAGAGUUCUGGCACACUGCGUGGUCAGCUGAAGGAGAUUUUUAACAGAGACUGGAACUCGGAAUUUGCGGUGAACUUGGCUGAUCUUGGACACCAUCCUGACUGUGCUCUAUCCAGAUGACUGAAGCUCCGAGGAAUUUUGACUUAGAACUGUUUUGUCUUUGAGAUGGCAGGAAACAUGGUUACAACAUCAUAGAUCAAUUUUUUCUUCUAAUUAUGUAUUUUUCGUUAAUAUCUGACUGCUUUGACAUAAUUUUUUAAAUAUAUUGUAAAAAAAGACUUCACUUAUACACAAUGUAUAUAAAAAUGUACUGGAUUUUGUUAAAAAUGUAUGUGACACCUUUAAUUGAAUAGCUGUACAGUGGUUUAAAAAUAUAAUGCAUAUAAGAAAAAUAAUAAUAAUAAAUAUGUGUCUGUAUCAAGAUUUAAAAAUGGAACCAAACAAA